AUGGCAGGACUGAACAAGGACUUACAGGAUUACUUAUCAAGAAGUUCUGUAUCGGGGUCUUCAGAAACAGAUGACAGGGGAACUUCUGGUGGAUUUAGCUUUGGAAAGUUAAAUGUAUUUAAGAAAUCGUCAGAAGAAGCGCCUUUGAGCAAUGAUGACGUGGCCAACAGCUGGUUUUCGCAGGCGCAGAGAGAUCCUCUCUUACCAAGUCUGACCAAAAAACAAAGGAUACUAGGAUUUGUAAUUUGCUUGCUGAUGGGGACAUUUUGUUUCUCUUUGGCAAGUCUUUACAUACCCUUACUGUUGCUGAAAGCAAGGAAAUUUGCUGUUCUGUAUUCUCUUGGAAGUGUAUUUAUCAUUUCAAGCUUUUCAUUACUAUGGGGCCCAAUGAACCACAUUAAACAUCUGUGUUCAGUAGAGCGUAUGCCGUUUACAGUAGCUUACUUUGGUACAAUGGUUGCAACACUUUAUUUUUCCUUAUGGGUUAGAAGUACAAUAUUUACGGUUAUAUGUGCUGUUGCACAAAUCCUGGCUCUUGUGUGGUAUAUUGUCAGUUAUAUUCCUGGAGGUCAGACUGGAAUGAAAUUUUUUUCAAAAAUAUUUUAUGCAGCUGCGUCAAAAACUGUUCAGAAAACAUUACCAGUAUGAGAGGGGAAAAUGUGAUUGAUUUAAAGUUUCAACGGCUGUGAUUGGUGGAUGUUGUCAUGUGAGGGUCUAUAUGCUUUGAGAGAUAUCAGUUUAAAAACUGAUUGAUGUGGUGCUUGUUUAUUAGAAGGUUUUGAUAGACUUUCUUCUCAAGGGUGAUAUUUAUAGCGAAGAAAAAUUUUACAUCAUGAAGAAUGAUCUGUAGAUGUAGUACUGUAAAGGGGCAAAAUCUUUCAGGAAUUGGAAACAUUUUAAGUGUAAGCAAAUUAAAUAGCAUUUAAUCAAGAAAUUGUGAACAAAAUGGAUAACUUAGUGUUAUUUACUGUUGUAACACAGACCUGACCAUUUUCCAAUUAUUGUAAACUGUUAUUGGGACCAUACAUGUUGUGAUGUCAAAUUUAAAAUUUGUCAGAAAAUUCUAAAUAAUUGCCAGUAUUUAUUGCACUAUUUGAUAAUACUGUUUUUAAUUCUUCAGAAUCCAAAAGAAACCAUAAAGAGAGAGAGAAAAUACAUUUUCUUCAUCGUUUCUUAAAUGAAAUUACAGAUACAAAAAUAAUGAAUUGUAUAUUUUUGAAAUUUUAAGACAUGCUAAACAUAUUCUGGGUGAUGAGAUGGUUUCAUGACGAAAUAAAUAUCUAGAAAUGCAUUUUUUUUCCUGAAGUCUAAACAGCUGUUCAACUAAUUCCAUGAUGUAAUGGAAUAAAUAUUGGUUGUCUAUUUCAAUGUGUUAAAAUAUUGAAGCCAUAAAUUAUUACAAAAUACAAACUACAUCUGAACUUAGAUUGAGGUAUGUGAUUCUAUUUCAAUGAGAUAGAUACAUUUUAAAUCUAUAAAAUUGUUUAAUUAACUAAUAAUUCUAGUCCUUAUUGAAUGAUAGAUAUAACACAUUGUAUACCUCUGAAGGCAGAGUGGCAUCAUUACAGGACAUAAAAUAACAUGUGAAUUAAUUAGAUGUAUGAAAUAAAAUGAGAAAAAAACUGUUUUUAAUUAGAAAAUAUCUUCAUAAUUCCUUUAUCACUAUUUUUUUACAAUGUGCUCAUAAGGAGAAUGUUAUUUCAUAGAAAAUUGACACAACUUUAUGACAAGAUUUUUGUAAACAUAUGUUUAUAUAUAUUUGGAUUUUCGUUUCAUUAAAAUAAUACUGGCUUUAAUAGUUAUGAAGAACAAUCAUGCUUGAGUUCGUUCGUACAUUUUCCAGA